AUGUGGCUAUUGGUUCUUCUUCUCACUGGAGUGGAUCUUUUUGUAAGAGCGGAAGAUAUCAAUGAUAUUACAGAUGGAGAAUCAUCUAGAAAGAUCCUCGGUCAAAGUGUCGUCACAUCCGUAUCUGUAGUGAUGGAUAUUGGAAACGGGACGAAAACCAUUUACUCAGAUCCUUUAGGCAGACCAAUGGAAAAGCCUUCGAAUCCAUCCGAUCUCGCUAGUCCCAUUAAUCUACUGAAUCCAGAUCGAUAUGAAUUUUACACGUUUGACGAUAAUGGUAACCUUGUUAGAAGACUAAUGUCUUUGGAAGAAAUAAAGGGAAUCAUAGCGACGGGGGAUAGUGACGGUCUAGAGUACGAUCCCGCUUUUUCGGAAUCUUAUAUUCCCGAAAAAAGAGUAAACGAUGUUUUAAGUAACGUACAAAAUGUUUUAAAAGAAGAAAUCGAGAGUCAUGGUACUAAACUGGAUACCUUUCAUACUCUGGAUACUCCAGAUGUAUCGGAUUCGUGGAAUAUGAUCCUUCCAGCAGUAUUUGGAAAUUCCGGGGCUGAUAUUACUCCAGAAAAACCACCAAUGCACGUUACACCCGAUACCAUAAUGAUAGAACCAACGGCAAAUAGUCAAAGUACUUCUAGAUCUACUUCAUGGCCUAGUUCGACUACGGUAACAUCUUUAAAAGCAUCAAGUUUCUCUCCUCUCUCAAGUUAUUCUCCACCUAUUACAUCAACUUUAGCUACUACAGAACAUGUGCCUUAUUCGAAUAAUAUGGAAUUAACAACCGCAGAAUUCAAACAAACAGAUCAAACUACAGAAACAACUACCAAGGAGUUCGUUCCGAUUAGUACAAUUGAUCAAAAUAAAGUAGAUAAAGCAACGACUUCUUCAAUACAAGAAACUACUUAUGAUACUACCACAAGUACAAAGGAGAACGAGAUUGUUAAAUUAGAACUUGCAACAAUAUCUUCCGAUACAUUUAAACCUACUGAAAACGAUAUUAAAAUCAAUACAAUAGCAGCGACAGAAUUGCCAACUACACAAAAAGAAGAUUUCACAACAUCAUCUAUAGUUGAAGUUAAUAGUAUUAUUGAAAAUAAAAAACAAGAAACGACUAUGCAAUCCAUAGAAACAACUGUUAAUUGUACGUCCGACAAAAAUGAAGUGUUAACAACAACUUCAACUUCAUUACUUGACGACGUUAAUUCCAUAGACGGAAUAGCAGCCCCUGAAAUACUCAAUCAACUGCUUUCAACUCCUCUAAUACAAGAUAUAAAUACAGAAAUAUUGAAGAAUCAAAUUACGACAAAUGGAUUAGAAGAAAGUACAACUGAAUUAAAAAUUGAAACAACUACAAAUUUAAGAGAGACAACUUCUUUUGAUGGACGUUAUAACAUAUCAUCAACUGAUUCAAGUAGACAAACUGUUGUUGUACCAUUAAUAACUAUUACAAACAAUUAUUCCAAUCAAUUUGAGGAUACUUCUGCUGUUCCUACAACUGUACCAGAACUAGAAAAAUCUACAGAAAAAAUCUUGCUUGGUUCAACAGAGAAUCUGCAAGAGUUAACAGAAAAAAUUAAUCGAAAAGAAGAUACAAUUACAACAGAGACAGUAAUGACGGAAAAUAAUGUUAAACCUAAUUCAGAUAUUCCAAAUGGUGGACCAAUUAAAAGUACUAAAAUAGAAACUGUCAACGAAACUGUUUCAACUACAAUAAACUAUGAAGAAAUAGUGAAAUCAACACUUGAUGGCGAAACUACAGAAGCCGUUAGCUCAACCACCACACUAAUCCCACUGUUGUCGUUUGAAAAUAGUACUAGUACCAGUAGUUUGAUCUAUCAAAACGAAAAUACAAUCCGAGUACCAUUAAUAGAACCAAAUGAAACUUCGAGAAUCAAUUUAACUACAACAGAUCAAAUACCCGCUAUUAAUAUCAUUAUCAACGAAUUGCAAACUAAAGACGUACCAUUAGCAACUACGAUAGUAUACGAUGAGAGAGGAAAUACUAGCUUUGUACCAUCCACUUCUAUAACAGGUGCUUUCACAGAUAGUACCACAGCUCAAUAUCAAUCAACUCAAAUUUCUGUGAAUGCAACAGAAAAACCUGUAGUGAAAAACACAGAAUCUCCUUCUACUACGGCACAAAUGUCUUCGAAUACAACAAAAAAUCCUAUAGUACCUAUAUCUUCAACAACAACAGAAACACCUACAGUACAAAUGUCUUCAAACACAACAGAAAAACCUAUAGUACAAAUAUCCUCGACAACAACACAAAAACCUUUAGUACGAACAUCUUCAACAACAACAGAGAAACUUGUAGUACGAAUAAUUACAAAAACAACAGAAAAACCUUUAGUACGAAUAUCUUCAGCAACAACAGAGGAACCUUUAGUACGAACAACUUCAACAACAACAGAGAAACCUUUAGUACGAAUAUCUUCAGCAACAACACAGAAACCUGUAGUACGAACAUCUUCAACAACAAAAGAGGAAUCUUUAGUACGAAUAACUUCAAAAACAACAGAGAAACCUUUGGUACGAACAUCUUCAACAACAACAGAGAAACCUUUGGUACGAAUAUCUUCAACAACAACACAGAAACCUGUAGUACGAACAUCUUCAACAACAACAGAGGAACCUUUAGUACGAAUAACUUCAACGACAACAGAAAAACCUUUAGUACGAAUAUCUUCAACAACAACAGAAAAACCUUUAGUACGAAUAUCUUCAACAACAACAGAGGAACCUUUAGUACGAAUAACUUCAACAACAACAGAUAAACCUUUAGUACGAAUAUCUUCAACAACAACAGGAAAACCUUUAACAACAAUUAAAACGCAAGCCACUACAGACACAGAAAAAAAAGAAACUAAUUGGACGUUAGUACCAACGAUAGCACCACACAAGGAAAGUACUUAUGAAAAUCCUCCAUCUAUAGAAAAUUACCCUGAGAUGCUGGAACCAGCAGAGCCGAUUGAUUUGAAAGCAGAGCCCCUCAGCGGUUUUGGAUUAGAAGAUAGUACGUCUUCGUUAGAAAAAGACAUUUACGAAUUCUCUCAGCUUUACAACGAAUUAGCUUUCGAUUUUUGGAAGAGUACUACAAGUACGUUAAGUCACGCUAGAAGCGUUGUUGUAUCUCCAUUCGGUGCUAUAUCGUUAUUAGCGAUGAUCUUCUUAGGGGCUAGAGGUUCGACUUCAGCUGAAAUGAAUGAAAUACUUAGACUUGACGAUAUGAUUACUUUCAAUCCUCAUCUAAUACUUAAAAAUGUCGGAGAAUCUAUAAUACCUGAAGAGGAAAGAUCCGGUGUUGUUGCUUCGGCAAUUAUUAGAGAAUUAUUUAAUGAUAAGGGAAAGGGUAAAUUGUUACCUUUUUAUAAGGAAAGAGUGAGGGCGUUCUAUGACGGUUACGUUGAAGAAGUCAGUUUUAGCGAAAUUAGUGAUAUUGUAAGAAGAAGAACGAAUCUUCAGGUGAAGAAACAUACGUCGGGAAAGAUUGUUGAAUUUCUUACCGAUACUUCUCUCACAGGAAGAGCGCCUCUAUUGGGACUUAGCGUUAAUAUUUUCCAAACUGAUUGCGGCGCAACAGCAUUCGAUAGUAGAGAUGGAGAAAUGCAUUUCACAGUACUUCCCAGCAUAAGACAAAGACGACUAGUACCGAUUCCAGCUACUGUUUAUAAAUCUGGUUUUUUGGCUGGAUAUGAAGCAAGUUUGGAUGCUACGGCUGUUGCGUUUGGGGAUAAAACCAAAGCUGUUAGUACUAUUUUCGUAAUGCCUGGACAACAAGGGAAGGCAAUACCCGGAGAUGGAUUAGCCAGACUGGAGAAAAGCUUAGUCGAAAGUUCUAAAAAAGGCGCUUGGUCAAGAUUGUUGAGAGUACUCAUUGCAAGAUCAGGUUUGGAAGUUCAGAUACCUAAAAUAUCUCAUAGAUCCGUUAUCAACGCCACAUACGCGUUAAAUCAAAUGGGAUUCGUAGAACUAUUUAAUAAACACAAAGCCGACCUUAUGGGAAUGAAUGGGGUCCCUAAUGAGUUAUAUCUCUCAGAUCUUCUUCAAGUCAAUCAGUUCACAACUUGCGGAGAGCGCAGAAGUGAACACCACUCUGAAAUAUAUCCAAGUAGAUCAGGAAGGAAUCAGAGACGUCUGGUAUUUUUACAAAACGAAGAACAUUUUGCAAGGGAUCUCUCCGAAAGCAAUUUCCAAGAUCCUCUUGACGAUCUCAGCUAUUUAGAUCUACCUUUGCCAUUGAGACCAAGACAAGCUAGAAAACCUGUUGUGCCAAGACUGAAAUUUGACAGACCUUUCAUUUAUUUCGUUAGACAUAACCCAACGGGUUUAAUUUUACACAUAGGUCGUUUCAAUCCAAGGUUAUUACCGUGA